AGUCCCUUAGUCGAGCAGAAUGGAGACUAUAAACUGAACCACUUCUUUCGGUUUUCACAUGUGUGAGUGGAAAACUUCAAUGUUGUUUUCACGCUAAAGUUGACAAGAGGAAGAGAAUCUACAAGUUCUUAGGAUAAAAGGCUAACGAACGUUAUAAGGUGGGCAGAUUUCACGUAUUUUGGGCUUCUCUAUAGCUUGUCUUCGCCGCAUACAUUUUGUUUCCCUGACUUUCUCUUGUCAUUUUACCAACCAGUAUCCUUCGAGGAAAUUAUUCUCUAACACUGGCGGUUUGAAGAACGAAAUAACUUAAGUUCAUCAAACGCAGAAACAUUUUCAUAGUAAUACGACACGUUCAAACGUGAAUUCUUCAUUCCUUCUUUUAUUUCAACGUCGAAAUUGUCUCACUAAUCGUUGUAAGCGAGGUGCGCUUGUGGCGGUGGGUGUCUUCAUGUUUUACGUCACGAUCAGUGCUUAAACAUGUGCUUAAUCAGCAUGUUGAUGAUAUUUUUUCCAUUCUUUCCUAGUCUACUUAGCCAUAUUCCGCUUGUCGUACCCUAUAGUGUCACUACUUAGUUAAAAGGGAUUGUGACCGAUCAUCAGUGUGAUUAAUGCUCUUAAGUCUUGUGACAAACUGAUCAUGAUACAUGAAGAGUGACUUACAAUAAACGUCGUAAAGAUCCUGUUGUAUUCAAGUUAAAUUUGCAUCUUAAUUUCUCCAUGAAAUAUGUGUUUUAUGAGGCAUUUUUGAUUGAUGUAAGACAGACAUAACAUGAGCUUGUUGCAUAUGAUUAGUUGUGGUAAAUUCGAUAUGUUUACCACAGCUAGUACACGUAUAUGAAUACAUGUAUAUGUUGUAAUUUGAAAUAAUUUCAGGGCAAAAUGACAACAAUCAAGUUUAGAAUGUGUUUUUCUUUGCAUAAGAGAUACAGCAAUGUACUUGGAACAAAGGGGAACACAACGUAACCAUUUCAAAAUCACUUUUACGUAAAAUUUAUUGUUGCCUUGAACAUGCAGGCAUGUUCUUGUGUCAAUUUAGUUUUAUGGUCCUGUAUAAUACAGCCUUAAUUAAAUAUCUGAAAAAUAACCGUAUGCUGACCUCUUGUGCCAAAUUUAAUGAUGGAAUCCAAAAGUUAUUAUGAUCAGGGCUAUGAGGUUGUAAUUGAGAAACAACUGGAUCUUCAAUACUAUAUUGAUUAAUAGAAUAACUGUUAGCAAUAAUACAGGAGCAUGUGUUUAGACUGACUGAUGCGUAUGUUGCUCAUUAUAUUUAGCUGUAAUCAUUUGGUAGAUAUAAGUAAAAGCUCUGUUUUUUGAAAUGGUAUUAGACUAUAUUUUGCCAUGUUUCUGAGGAAAUGCAGAUGAAAUGAAGGAUGAUGCAGGUAUUCAGAUGAAUUUGUUAGAAGUGAUUGGUCAGCAAUAAAUGUUUUUUCUCAGUCACAGUGAAUUCUGUCUUUUAUUCCCUCAACUUUGUCUCCAAGUUCUUUCUCUCUCUGGCAAUUCCAUUUUCUUUAGAUAUAACAAUUUGUUACCUAUGAUUUAAAGAUGUUUUGGUACUCAUGGAAAAUGUUGUUUCUUCCUUUAGCACUUGUAAUUUGUGAGCUAUAAAAAGAUACUCCAAAAGUAAGGGGAUCUGCCAUAUUUUGAACCAGCUACUACCAUGGCAACCAACUCGGAAAGGCAGAUCGGUGAAACUCUCACGGACAGUUUUAUGAUGGAUCUCCUGACACCGGGGUAUCUACCCGACAUCUCGGCACUCCAGGUGCCAACAGCAUCGUACCAAGGUAGCUGGGUUUGCCAAAUUAAUGUAUCACUGCUUGUAGUAACGUAAAUCAACAGAAUUUCAGCUACUCUUUGUUUCUCAGUUAUUAUUUGUAGCAAAAUUGUUCACUGCUUGUUGCAAUUUCAACCAAGACAAUUUAUACCAUUCUUUGUUUCUCAAUAAACCAAUCUGGUUAUUCUAAGUGCUUACAUCCUCUACUAUUUGUAGCAAAAUUGUUCCUGGGAAAGUGGAAUUUAUGUUGAUUAAAAAUUAAACCCAAAUGCAAUUUUUAACUGAAAUCAAAGACUUAUAUGAUAACUGUAUCAAAGUUUAGGAAACUCAAAUUUAACUUUGCAUUUAGCUUCAUCAGUUUUGAUAGGAAUUAGUUAUUGAGAAGGUACAUAAACAGUAUAAGCACAAGCAGUUCAGUUUAUUUACACUCUCUAUUUUGAAACAAUUGUUAAAGAGGGUAUGGACAACAUUCCAGAAAAAGAUUGAUACUUCUAUGUUAUAAGUAAUGUAACUUUUGUUAUCAAACAUUUUUAUAGGACCUUAUAUGGAAAUUCUUGAACAACCUAAACAGGUAAACAUGGCAUUCUUAUCUUAACACGUGGACUCAACAAACUUAGGCUCCCAGUUAAAUUGAUCUUUGAUUUAGAGAGAUCAUUUGAUGGCUGUUUGAUAGAGUUGGCCUUACUUUUACCUUAAGACAUUUUAUGAACCUGAGGUAUGAUUAAAUCAUGAGAUUCCUCUUCUCAAUCAUGAGAGUUGUGACCACACUCUACCUACAGAUUGAAAUUGAUCAAUACCACUAGUCUUACAACCAGUGACAUUUUAGAACUUGUAACUGACCAAUCUCUUCUCACAAACUGGAUAAAAACCUUCAGCUGGUGAAGAAAAAGGAAACAAUAAAAUUCUUUACUUGACUCUGAAAUUGACUUUCACAAUAUUUUUAAAAACAAAGAUUUAGUGAUAGUUAUUAAAACAUAGUCCUUCUCACAUUUUCACACACUCAGAUGAUUACAUUAUUGUAUAUGUGACAGGAUUGACCAAUACCCUGCAUAACAUUUGUUUCUGCAGAGAGGUUUCCGUUUCCGUUAUCCAUGUGAGGGCCCAUCUCAUGGUGGUCUACCAGGGCAGUAUUCUGAGAAAGGCAAAAAGUCAUAUCCUUCUGUUCAGCUCUGUAACUACCAAGGGCCUGCACGAAUUGUGGUAUCAUUAGUGACAGUAGAUGAACCUCCUAUGCCUCAUGCACACAGUCUGAUUGGCAAGAACUCCACUAAUGGAGUGGUGACAGUACAGAUUGGCCCAGAACAAGGAAUGACAGCAACGUGAGUUGUUUAUGACUUUUAUAACAGUGUUGGGGAUCUAAUUAAUGGGCUAGAUUCUAGAUCAAGAGAUCUGAGUUGCAUCAUCGUAUUGUGUUCUUAGGCAAGUCACAUUAUUCUCACAGUGCUUCUCUAUGUGCAGGAGUAUAAAUGGGUACUGGUGAAUUGUCAGGGAAGUGGCAGCCUGAUGAAAUGCUGAAGGGUGACCUUGCAGAAGACUGGUUUCUAAUCUGGGGGAGAGAGAAGCAAUGCAAUCCAAGUUGCUUCAUGUUAUGGAAACUGGAAUAAGCUUCAACCACACUGUAGAUGAGGUCACUUGGCUUGAUUGCUGACUUGAUCUUUUUGGGUAAUGACCUUUGCCAUGAAGUUAACUGUGUCCAGGUCAUAAAAUUGUUGGGUAUUGAUUUCUUGUGAAAGGAGCCAAAGGAAUGUUGUGUGGAAAAAGUGACAUUCUUGUUGUUCAAAUAUUUACACCCAGAGCGGUACAAACUUGGUUUUAAUUUAGCAAGCUAAACCAUAAGUUAGCUUCAUUAUUUUGCUCAAUUUUUAGGUUUCCCAAUCUUGGUAUUGAACAUGUCACAAAGAAAAUGGUUGGUAAAGUGCUUAUGGAUCGAUAUAUCAAGAUGCAGACCCUUCACACAGCUACAUUAAAUGCCCUAACAUCAGGAGAUGGAAAAGUGUUUGGUGUGGCAGGUUUAGUAGACCAAGCAAUGGUAGAUGGUGACAGAAGCUCUUUUGAUAAACACUUGGCAGAAACUGUGGCAGGUGUGAUAGAAACAUUAUUAAUUCUGAUGAUAUUUUAUGUCUUGCACUCUGAAUGUGCCAGUAACGACUGUGUAAUUAAAAGCAUUACUAUGCUUGUUGUAUACCAACUUUAUUGUUGAUAUUGGAUGAGUCCUUUUUCUGAAAAAGCACAGCCAGUAAUCAGAUUAUGUAGAGUCAAUAGCUCAGUGGAAAGAUCUUGAAAUUUAAUCAUUUAAACAGAGAAGACCUUUAUUGAAUUAAAAACAGCUUGUUAUGAGUUGUCAGUAAAGAAAGUCUCCUGAUAUUUUAAUUUUUUAUUCUAUUAGAGGAGGAAUCACAAAAGGUUCGCGCCAUGGUGGAAGAACAAAAGCAGAGUAUGAACUUGAAUGCUGUCAGGCUGUGUUUUCAAGCAUUUCUUCCUGAUGAAACUGGUGCAUUUACAAAAGCUUUGCAUCCCUGCAUUUCCAAUGCAGUUUACGAUUCAAGUGAGAUAUAGUACUUUAGUUUAUUUGGUAAAGGCUCAGGGCUGGUUAUUAUGCAAAGUUUAGCUCUUAUUUAAGUCUGGAAGUUACAAUUGAUACAGUCAAAACAUUUGUUCAUUAAUGUGUAAUUUUCUAAAAAAUAAGAAAUUGUCUGUUGUUUGGUGUUUUAUCUAAUAGGCUAAACAUCAUUUUGAACAGGCAUUCCAGCCAUUGUAACAUCUGAACCUUAAACUCCUUAAAGUUAUUCUUAGUGUUUCACUCUAGCUGAUCUUGAUAAGUUUGUUUAUUCUUAACACCUGUUUGCCCUUAAUAUUUUGAAAUUCUUAGGACAACUUUUGUUUGAAUCAGCUGCAGAGGUUAUACAGUUAAUGCAAUUCACUUAUUUUUGCAGAGGCCCCAUCAGCCUCAAAUCUUAAGAUUUGCCGUAUGGAUCGCAACUCUGGAUGCGUCAAAGGAGGUGACGAGGUUUACUUACUGUGUGAUAAAGUACAAAAAGGUGGGUGUUGGAUCGUACUGUUUAUGGUUACACCUUAAUUUUGCAAGUGUGAAUUUCUAUCAAUACAAAAAUUUUAUUUUGCCACGAGGUCAACGUGACAUGAUCUUGCUCUGUCUUGCAGACGAUAUUGAGGUUAUAUUCUAUGAAACUGAAAUGGAGACUGGUAAAAAAACAUGGGAAGAUCGUGGAGUGUUUUCCCCUACAGAUGUUCACAGACAGGUGAUUUUAAAAUAGAAACUGUUGCUCUGUCAUGGUAGAGCCAGGAGCUUCAUUUUUGUGUGUCAGGAAAUCAAACUUCUUCCUUAACAUGUACUGGUAAACAAAAUAUUGGGUGAAAUCUAGUAACCUAGUAGCAUGGAUUCCCUAGAGUGAAGGUUGAUUUCAUUUUUGACUUGCACGUUGUUUUCUUAUUAUUCCUGGUUCCAGGUUGCCAUUGUUUUCAAAACUCCUGCUUACUGGAAUGUGGCUAUCGAACAACCUGUCAAGGUACAACUUGAGCUACGGCGGAAGUCUGAUCAGGAGACAAGUGACCCAGUGGAGUUCACAUAUCAACCACAAAUGUUUGGUAUGUCAUUAAGUUAUUUAUAAUCAGAUUCAGGUUAUUCAAUGGAGGAUACCCAUCCGGGUAUUCUGGUGAACACAUAUUUGGAAAAAUACUGUUCAAAGCAUCAUGACCUGCACCAUUAGAUUUUUAUUCAAAAGGAAAAUUGGGACAAAACACUGAUUGGUUUUGUGGAAUCUUCAUUUAAGCUGAAUACAAGCUUCUUGUUAUAAUGUAUAGGGAUUUUACUUCCCAUAUUGUCAUUAAUUUUUGAACUUGAUACUGUAAAUUUAGGUCACUUUAGCAAUUCUUACAUGGAACUUUGCACACUUUUAGCUGCUGUCCUCACAAGCUGUUAGAGACUAUCUUAGUUCCAUCCUAAUUUCCUGAGCAAUCCUGGCCUGGCUACACCAACCAAUAGUGUUUAAGAGAAGUUGUAAUUGCAAAAUGUUUUAAUAAGUGAUAUUUAUUUCAUUUUCUCAUCAGACAAAGAGCAAAUUGGAGCCAAAAGGCGAAAGAAGAUCCCACACUUCUCUGACUACCUUGGUGGUGGUGGUGGUGGAGGAGGUCCUGGCAUGGGUGGGGCAGGGGGAGGAGGUGGUGGCUUCAAUUUUGGUGCCUUUAGCUUCCUAGCACCAACCAUAGGCUUUUUACCAAAUUAUUCAAACUCAGGAACUUCUCAGUCAGGCAAUCAAGGUGAACAAUUCACUUAUUGUUGUUUAUUGUCAUGUUUAAUGGUAACCAAUAGAUCUCAUAGUGCCUAGUAUUUGUUUAGUUACAUAUCACAGGAGUCAAAGUUUGUUUGGUGGGGAGACAUGAAAGUUUUUGAUGUUCUUGUUGUGUUAUGAUUUUGCCUGUGAUCUGUAAUGGGACAAACACAUAGUGCAUGGGUAUCUAAAUUGUUUUAGACAAUGGUCAGAAAAGUGAAGUUAUGACAAUUUUGAUUUGUGGCAAUUGACUGCUUCAAAUUUUGUUCAAGGGUACAUGCGUGUAUUUUUUUAAAAAAAUCAUAAGAAUGAAAGUAUUCAGUGGUUCAAAUGUUAUUGUGCAGUGUAAUUAUGGAUGAUAAGUCAUUUCAAAACAGUUCCUUCCAUAACAUGGCCAUUGAAUUUAACAAUUCGUACAUUUUUUAAUGUAACUUUUGUAGGAGGUGGGAGCUCAUCACAGCAGGGGCAGUCACAUUCUUCUGGACAGACACAUGCAUCUGGACAGCCACAAGAAGCAGGUGAGCUUGACUGUGUUUUUUGUUCGAUAACUUAGUGGUUGGUGCAUAUAUGUGUUUAUCUUAGUCGUGAAAUGAAGCUGAAAAUGCAUUGUAUGACAUGAAGAAAACUUUAAGGAUGAUAUUUCAAUCAGUAUUGAAAUGUGCUAUACUAUCAUUGUUCAAAGAGAGAUGUUUGUCUUUGUAACAAGUGCAUGACACUGAAAAAAAAUCUUGUACAAAAAAAGUCCUAAGCAGAAAAAGUACAAAAAAUGGAACCCUGGAUCUAAUGACACAUUUGAACCAAAAUGACUAUAUGGCUUACAUAUAGCUCACCAGAGGUCUCUCUAGCUUAGUUGUAGAGGAUGUGAGCAACAGCUCUGAAGGUUUGAGGUUACAUUCCCCCAGAGGUACUCAGAUUUUUGACAAAAUGAAUGACACCUUUCUUUAUUUGACUGAUGAGCAAACUUUUAACACAUGUAACCCGUUUGUUAUUUUAACUUCCUGCUGUUGUCUUACUACAGAUCUCAGUGAAUUAGCAUGGAAUCUUGCCGAGAAAUCAUCAGCUGCCAUGCGUGAUUAUGCUGCUACUGGUGACGUACGGUAUUUACUUGCUGUUCAGAGGCAUUUAACAGCUGUGCAAGAUGACAAUGGGGACACGUAAGUACAAUCACUUGUCAAAAGGCUCUGGGAAAUAGUGACAGUAAGUUCUGAGCAUCAUCAGUUCAUUUCAAGCUUCUAAACUGAAACUUGGCUUUUUUGUCCUCCUGUUACAGAGCUCUUCACCUUGCUGUUUUGAACGCUCGGCAAGAAAUAGUCCAGGGUCUGUUAGAUAUCAUGGCUAGCCUGCCAGAGUCAUUUGUCAGUGAAUACAAUUUCCUGAGACAAGUGAGUCAUUGUUUCAUCCUGAAGCUCUUAAUCUUUUGAAUCAUCUAUCUCCAGCCUAGUAGUCUUUCCAACUGACAUCAUUUUAGAGUUAUGGAGAACAACUUGGUCUCACAACCCUAUCAGGGGAUGAUAUAAGAAUAUUCUUGUUGUCCAUGACUACUGCAAAUAUCCUCCUUUUGAGCUCCAUGGUUAGAUAUGAUGCCCUUAUCUUUCCAUACCAGUGCGUUGCACUCACCAGUGUCUUUCCUCUCCUUUGUUACGUCCUUCUCGAAGAAUUGUUUUAAUUGCUGUAAGCUUUAUUUUCUAGGUUGCAUGAAGUGACCUUUCUGAGAUCUCUGCUCGUUCUUUCUCCACAGACACCUCUUCAUCUCGCCGCUAUCACAAAGCAACCUCGCAUGCUGGAAUGUCUGUUAAGAGCCAGAGCAAAUGCUAGAUCACGUGACCGUCAUGGAAACACUGCUGUGCACAUUGCAUGCAUGCACGGAGAUGCUAUGUGUCUGAAAGCAAUGUUGAACUUCAAUGUGACAAAAACUGUUCUUAACUGGCAGAAUUACCAAGGUGAGAAUUGAACAAUAAAAUCAUGCGCACCUGAGGAUUAUUGCAAGACGUUGGGAGAAGCAGCUCCUUAAUGUUGGUUCUGUUUUGAAUACCCGAUUUGCAUCCUCUUUGUUGAAUGAGAUAAUCCCCAGAACCAGAGUAGGUUAGUAUGGGAUUACAUUUAAGUUACUAAUGAGUAAAUCUGUUUACAGGACUAACGCCAGUGCAUCUGGCAGUGCUAGCGGGCAGUAAAGAUGUCCUUAAACUGCUGAAUUCCGCGGGAGCCAACAUGAGCGCUCAGGUAUUUUAUUACUUUCAACAUUCUUGUGUUAACCCUUUACACCCGAGCAUUAGUAUGAAUAUUCUCCAGACUGUUCUGUAUAGAUUUCCAAAGGUGCUAACAAGGAGAAUUUGUUUAAAAAUCAAGAGCUUCUUUAGUUGGUGAUCAUUCCUGUGAUUCUCGUGACCUUAAUGUUUCAUUGAGGGGGGGGGGGAUUUUCUAAGGAGAAAUUAGAUGCUAAUCACUCUCAGAGGUUAAAGGGUUGAACAACUUAUUUCCAAAAUCAAGCACAAGAAAAUUUCAGAUGAAAUCGAGAGUUAAUAAUAUUUGUUGUUCAGGGAUUUCAAUCUUUGUGAGAAAGGUGACAUCUGUCUUUUAGUCGGUGAAAAGGGCAAGUUUUUUGUUUGUGAACAUAAGUAGUUAUCCAUUCUGAUCUUAGUGAUAAUAUGUUUUGUCGUUGUUUAGGAUGGCACUAGUGGUAAGACACCACUUCAUCAUGCAGUUGAACAGGACAAUCUGGCCGUCGCUGGAUUUCUCAUUCUUGAGGUAAACUAUUAAAUAGACUUUGUUCCACAAGAAGUGAGCCACAAUGUACGGGAAGGGCACAGUCACGAGUACAUGGUCCAAAGCUUCUUAAAGCUUUUUCAAUCGAAUGUGGAAAAACAUCCAGGAUCUGCGGUGAACAUGUUAGUUUCACUUCAAGUAAUUUAGUGUUAACAACUGGGUUGAAAACGUAAAUUGGCCACCGUAAAGAGUAGAAAAGCUGGCGUUUCGAGCGUCAGCCCUUCGUCAGAGCGAUGGCGAAGGGCUAACGCUCGAAACGUCAGCUUUUUUACUCUUUUUACGGUGGUCAAUUUACGUUUUCAACUCAGUUGUUAACGCUAAAUUACCGGCUAUACUCCCUCACCGACGCAGCACCACAGUUUCUUUAGAAACUUACCCCCUUUAUUAGUUUCACUUCACUGCGCUCUCUGAUUGGUCUCAAAAAUUUUCCCCACCCUUUCAGUCAAUCAGAUACAAAGGAAAAGCCCGUCACGACGUCCUCACUCUUCAGGUCGUGGAAAUCUAUUUACUAUGACUCUGAUUGGUUUUUUUUUUUUAAGAAAAUUACCUUUUUGAUUGACUUUGGUUUCGGUUUUUACGUCAUUGAGCCUAGUUUUCCCUACAUGAGGCUUUUGACUCCUUUUGUUUACCAUAUACACUUUUGGUGGUAUGGAUUGUUAUAGAUGUUUAUUGAAUUAAUUUAUAAAUAAAUGUCUUAUCUUCUCACUAGGCGAACUGUGAUGUGGACGCAAUCACUCUCGAUGGAAACACACCACUGCACGUUGCUGCAGCCAGUGGGCUCAAGGGCCAGACCGCGCUUUUAGUUGCGGCAGGGGCCGAUACAACAGUACAGAACAGCGAUGAUGAAAUACCUUUUGACUUGGCAAAUGUAGCUGAGGUAAGUUUCUCAGGAAGCGGCUCACUUCGCCCAAUCGCACUUUCGCCCCGAGUCUUACCUUUGUUUUGCUUUUUCACGGAGUGCCGUAAAGUUGAAGAAAUACUGACCCUUGCAAGAAGUAAGAAAGUUUCUGUCUUGUCAGCGAAUCCUAAAAGGAGGAGGCUCCUAUAAGACAUAAGAAAUUAGCAAAGAAAAGAGCUCUAAUUAGGCUUCGGAGGGCAAGUGACACUCAUUAUCAAUCAGAAGUAAAUAAAGAGGAAUAAACAGCCGUAGCAAAAUUUGAAAGGCCGACAUGUUAUUCAUUAGCUCCUCGUAGGAGUGUAAGGAAAGUUAAACGCUUCAACAAAGGGCUAGCGCUCGAAAAAGUCGCCGCUUUUCAAAAUUCGCCGUGGAGCUUCACUUACCUGCCCUUCCUACUGAUGCCGAGCUCACAUGAAUGCCUGAACGUUUUGUGUCCUUCUAGGUUCAGGAAAUCCUGGAUGAAGAUGAAAUACUUAGUACGGAUCCUUCCCAAGACGAUGGUGAGUUUUUUUUCUUUAAAUCUUGCAUUGGUUAAAAUGCAGACGAAGAUACACGAGAAAGUUUUCUGUUGCAGCGCUGACACAGUGCAGACGCGUUGUAGACGCAAGGUGGAGGCAUUGCAAAGGCAGAUUUUCCUCGACAAGUCCCCGCCUUGUCUAAAAAUUACGCACCUUAAUGGUGAGGUCAUCUAAUAAAACUCUUUUUCCUUUCUUCUAGAUUUAGCAAGUGGAUUAACUGGCCUUGCGCUUGGUCAAGGUAAGAUUUUAUGGUACAUUCUGAAAACAUCAGGUUUUGCGACUUUCAUGUAUAGUGGAAAUGCUGUGAUCAAGAAAUUUUUCUUAAUUUCUCUAUGUUUGUUUAUUUGAGGGUUACGGGCAAAGUGAGCCAAUUCAGAGUUAAUGUUUACAAUUUGCCCCACAAACAUCUAAUUUUGAAUGUUUAACCCUUCACUAGGUGAUAUGGAUAAACUGGAUCCUUACGUCAGAAGAAAAAUAGCCCAAAAAUUGGAUCCCACUACUGGAGGUGGGGCGAACUGGCGUGAAUUGGGAAGGAGACUGGGACUAGGGACAUUGGAGAAUGCGUUCGCAAUUCACUCAAGUCCAACAACACAGGUGUUGGCUCAAUACGAGGUGAGCAUACGAUUAGGGAAGAGAGGCUUUUUUCAGAAUAAGAGAACUUCAAUUGUUACUUCACGAGAGCUUACACAGAGUCUUGAAAAAGGAAGGAAAUUUGCAAACUGAUUUUCAAGUCCUGGAAAAACUAUGGAAAUAAAGAUUAAAUCUGAAAAGAAAGUGAGAUGGAGUUUUGGCGGCUUGAGAUAGUUCUUGAUUUAUCGGUGGGAUCGAAGAUGAUUGAUUUUUUUUUCACCUCUUAGGCUGCUGAUGGCAACAUCAAGACUUUACGGCAAGUUCUUUAUGACAUGCGUAGAGGAGAUGUACUUGAGAUACUCGAUGGGCGGCAAGACUCAGGGUUUGAUUCCGGUCUCGGUUCCCAGUCCUUAUCGGCGAGUAGAUCGGAAGGUAAGAUUCGCUUUGUUUCUUCUUGUGUAAUUAGUUCAUCGUUCGGCCAUCCGACAGUCAAUCGGUUUAGUCGAUCGCAUUUAGUCAGUCAGUUGGUUUCAGCGGGUCAAACUAUCAAUCAGCCAGCCAAACUAUCAGCAGACAGUGAGUCAGACAGGUGCUCAUCCUGUGAGUCAGACAGGUGCUCAUCCUGUGAGUCAGGGGGGGAGUGGUGAUUCAUUUGGUCGCUUGAUCCAGCGCGUCAGUUGGUCAUACAAUCAUCCAUCUGGAAAUUUAGGCUGCCAAUCAGUUAGGGGAAAAUUACCGGUGUAUUCCUUUUGUUCCUUGUUUAGCUUUUCUUCAAAAUAAUAAAUCCCUUUUUUUACUUUUUUUCAGAAUUAUUUUCGUACGAUGAGGGUUUUUCGAAAGGAUCCUCUAAUUCCUCGUUAAAGAAAGGAGUAACGAGUCUUGACUCCACGCGAAAGGCUGGGAAUGUACAACCCAUCAGGAGACACCAAGAUGUGUGUUAACUCGACAAACUGUGUAAAAAAAUACACCUAGACUAGAGGCUUAUUUAGGCUUGUGCACUUGCGGUACUUAACAGUUUCACCGAAAAAGACGAAAGACUAGGAUUGUGAUGUCAAGACAGCGUAACAGAUGUAGAUCUAGUAUUAUUUUGCAUUGCGUGACUUAGGGUCAAUAUUUCUCGGUGCGUCGGAGUACAACUGUCAAUCGUAUGACAUUCACACCCUCUUAUGGAAGGGUUGAUCGAAUUAUUAUAAGCUUCCCAUUGCAAGAAUUUUCCGUCUGGCGGAACUUGAAGGUAAUAGGUUUGAAUGUAAUAUUGUGUCAUUUAGUAAUAGUGCUGAAUUCAUAGUGUAUUCCAGAUGAGUCGUGUUAUUAAAAUAUACCAUUUAUAUUCUAUUUUUCCUUACGCAAUCGGUGUUAUUUCUGCAAUAGUUGGUUAGGUUUCGGAGAAGUUAUAACUUUGGGGUUUUAAAAGCCAACAUAACCAUGUCUAAUAUGAACUAGGUAUCAUUUUAGCUAAUAUUUACUCAUUUGUCACUAAAUUGUAGUCACUGUUUCGUUUUGCAAUCACAUUUUCUCACAGGUGGGUUAUUUGAGAUUGUGAGGGAAGCGAAGAGGCUGAUAACUAGGCUUUGAUAGCGUAGGAGACUGGGUCAUGGUUUUCCUUUUUGCGUCAUAUUAUCUUGACGACUGUAGCACCCUGUUCUGGGAGUAAAUGGCCUCAAUUCUUGCAGUUGUAAAUUACUACAAUUAUUAAGCUUCUGUUAAAAUCUUUAUUUACGAAAUUCAAUAAAACACAUUAAGAAAUCU